AUGGCAGCGGUCUUACCCCCAAAAGGUGACGGCGGUACUUAUACGUUUGCCAGUCAACCGAGAGCUGUACAAGAAAGGAAAAAAUACAGAGAAACACGAGAUCCGCUCAUUCAAAAUGAUGUACCAUCACAAUAUGGAAAUAUUAUGUAUGAUAGAAGAAUUGUUAGAGGUAACACCUAUGCUCAACACACACUUCCUGCUAGUGCACAACCUGAUCCUAUUGAAAUUCAAAGACAACAAGAAAAUAAAAGACGUGCCAUGGCAAGAAAACGUGCAAAAGAACAACUACGACCUCGCUCUCCAGAGGCUGUAGAAGGUAGAAAGCAUAUUGAUGUACAGACAGAAUUAUAUUUGGAAGAAUUAAGUGAUAGAGUUGAAGAAGCAGAUGUAGAUUGUCAAACUGAUGCCUUUUUAGACAGACCUCCCUCCCCAUUAUUUAUUCCAGCCAAAACUGGUAAAGAUGUAGCAACACAAAUAUUAGAAGGAGAUCUGUUUGAUUUCGAUAUUGAAGUCAAGCCUAUAUUAGAAGUAUUAGUAGGAAAGACAGUAGAACAGGCUCUUUUAGAAGUUAUGGAAGAAGAAGAAUUAUCAAACCUAAGACAACAACAACGAGCAUUUGAAGAACUGCGCAACGCAGAAUUAGUUGAACAGCAACGUCUCGAAGAACAAGAAAGACGUCAUCGUGAAGAAAAGGAAAGACGAAUGAAACAACAACAUGAAGUGUUGAAAAAAGAAAAAGAAACAGCAGAGAAAAUUGCUGCCAGAGCAUUUGCUCAGAGUUAUUUGGCUGAUUUGGUGCCAUCAGUGUUUGGAACUUUGGCUGACAAUGGAUAUUUCUAUGAUCCUGUUGAAAGAGAUGUUGAACAGGGUUUUAUGCCUUGGUUAAUGGAACAGGUUGAAAUACAAUUAGAGAAAUCAGAACUCGGUCGAAUGGUAUUAGAUGGUAUUAUAAGAGAAGUCACUUCCAAUAGAUUGGAUCUCUAUAGUACAGCAGAAGAUAAAGCUUCCUCUACCACUCAAGCUAAGUCUAAUACUGAAAAUGCAGCCCCAGAACCCUCCCCUGAUACCACCACUGUAAGUAAAUUUAUUUAUUAG